GGGUUGAGGGCAGAGGGUAUUUAAUCUCCUCAACCUCUGCCUAUCCUCUUCGUUCUGCUCGCCUCCAUUUUUCCCCCCAUUGAAACAAGAGUUACGCUUCGCCAUUAUCGAUCUCCCCCUUUGUAUUCUCAAUAGUUUGAGAGAGAUGAAGUACGUAUUAGUAACUGGGGGUGUCGUUAGCGGGCUUGGCAAGGGAGUGACGGCGAGCAGCGUAGGAGUUGUUCUCAAAGCUUGCGGGCUUCGAGUUACAUCCAUCAAGAUUGAUCCAUAUUUGAACACUGAUGCGGGAACCAUGUCACCCUUUGAGCAUGGAGAAGUUUUCGUUUUAGAUGAUGGUGGUGAGGUGGACUUGGAUCUCGGGAACUAUGAAAGAUUCCUAGACAUUAAAUUAACCCGUGAUAAUAACAUUACCACUGGAAAGAUUUAUCAGUCCGUCAUUAACAGGGAGAGAAAGGGAGAUUAUCUAGGGAAAACAGUCCAGGUCGUGCCACACAUUACAGAUGCUAUACAAGAGUGGAUCGAACGAGUUGCAAAGAUACCUGUGGAUGGCAAAGAAGGACCUGCUGAUGUUUGUGUUAUAGAAUUGGGAGGAACUAUAGGUGAUAUAGAAUCAAUGCCAUUUAUUGAAGCAUUGGGACAAUUUUCGUAUCGUGUAGGCCCUGGUAAUUUCUGCCUUGUUCAUGUGAGUCUUGUACCAGUUUUAAAUGUAGUUGGAGAACAGAAAACUAAGCCAACCCAGCAUAGUGUUCGAGGUUUGAGAGGACUUGGGUUGACACCAAAUAUUCUGGCUUGCCGCAGUUCAUCGGCACUGGAAGAAAACGUAAUAGAAAAACUCUCAAGAUUUUGCCAUGUUCCGGCUGCAAAUAUCAUUACUCUUCAUGAUGUAACAAAUAUCUGGCACAUUCCUUUGCUUCUAAGGGAGCAAAAGGCGCAUGAAGCAAUAUUAAAAGAAUUGAAUCUUCAAAGUGUUGAUCGAUACCCAGUGCUGGCGGAAUGGACAGCUAGGACUAAACUCUGUGAUACACUUCGUGACCCUGUCAGGAUUGCUAUGGUUGGGAAAUAUACUGGUCUUUCUGAUGCUUAUCUAUCUGUCUUAAAGGCCCUUCUGCAUGCUUCCGUAGAAUGCCAUAAGAAACUCGUAGUGGACUGGGUUGCUGCUUCUGACCUUGAAGAUGCAACCGAAGAAGAGGCCCCUGAUGCUUAUGAAGCAGCGUGGAAUCUUCUGAAGGGUGCGGAUGGUGUAUUAGUUCCCGGAGGUUUUGGUGACCGAGGGGUCCAAGGGAAAAUGCUUGCAGCACAAUAUGCUAGAGAAAACAAUGUCCCAUUUCUUGGCAUUUGUCUUGGCAUGCAGAUUGCUGUCAUCGAGUAUGCUCGUUCUGUGAUGAAUUUACAAGAUGCUAAUAGCACAGAGUUUGAUCCAGAUGCAAAGAAUCCAUGUGUGAUAUUUAUGCCAGACGGUUCAAAAACCCAUAUGGGGGCUACAAUGAGACUAGGAUCAAGAAGGACUUAUUUCCAGGUUAAAGACUGCAAGUCUGCAAAGCUGUAUGGUGGUGUCAAUUAUGUAGAUGAACGGCAUCGACAUAGAUAUGAGGUAAAUCCUGAUAUGGUAUCAAAACUUGAAAGUGCUGGCCUCAACUUUGUUGGUAAAGAUGAAAGUGGAAAUCGUAUGGAGAUUCUUGAGCUGCCGACUCAUCCCUAUUAUGUUGGAGUUCAGUUUCACCCGGAGUAUAAAUCAAGGCCUGGAAAACCUUCACCUCUUUUCUACGGCCUCAUAAAGGCCUCAUGCGGGCAAUUGGGUGCAUGGCUGCAAACUCCCACCCCUGUCAAUAACAGGUUCUUGAUUACAAGAACUACUAUAAGCAACGGUGUGGCCAAACCAAAGGCAUACCAAAAUGGCAACACGAAAAUGCUUCUAAACGGAAGUUACUACUCCAAUGGCAAUGGCGUGCAUGCAUAACAAAUGAGAUGCCUGUGCUGUUUUCUUAUUUUAUAUUGUGGUUUUCUUUGUUCAAUUUUGUUUCGGGCAAAGUGGACUUGUCUGCAGACAGUAACUUGAGCAUAUGUUAGACUUGAUAGCUUGAGGGAGUUUGCAGAGUUGGAGAUUGUUCCUGGUUUUUUUGACAAGGAACAAGCUCGUAUUAUCUUUCGAUCCAUAAUAGGGCUUGGGAGUUUCUUUUUUCUUUAAAUCCUUUCCUCUUUUUUUUUUCUUCUUGAUAAGCUCAAGCGCUUGAUUUUGUUGAAGGGGACUUUUUUCAUACAUUGUAUAAAGAGAAUAACCGGUAGGAAUUGAAGUAUAUGGAGUAAUGUUGAAGAUAGUUCGUUGUGGUA